UCUUUGAGCUGUACAAAGAAAAUGGAGUUGCACAUUAGUUAAUGAGAGAAGAAGAGAAUGAAUAGGGAAGAAAAAGUAGUAUGUGUAACAGGAGGGUCAGGUUACAUAGCAUCAUGGCUGGUCAAGUUCUUGCUCCAUCAUGGAUAUACAGUGAAAGCCACUGUUCUUGAUCUAAAUGAUCCAAAGCAAACUGAACACCUAUUUGCACUUGAUGGAGCUAAAGAGAGACUCUUCUUGUUCAAAGCAAAUUUACUGGAAGAUGGAUCUUUUGACUCUGCCAUUGAUGGAUGUGAAGGUGUAUUUCACACAGCUUGUCCACUCUUUUGUACAAAUGAUUCACAGGCAGAACUGAUUGAUCCUGCAGUGAAGGGAACUCUAAACGUUCUCAGAUCAUGUACAAAAGUCCCUUCUCUCAAGAGAGUGAUCAUAACAUCUUCAAUGGCAUCAGUUAUGUUCGACGGAAAGCCUCUGAUACCUGAUGUGGUAAUUGAUGAGACUUGGUUUUCAGAUCCUACCUAUUGUGAGUCAAUAAAGCAUUGGUAUCUGUAUGCAAAAACCAUAGCUGAGAAGGCUGCCUCAAAAUUUGCAGAAGAAAGUGGAAUUGACAUUGUCACAAUACAUCCAGGAUUUGUAAUUGGUCCUUUCUUACAGCCAACUCUAAAUGUCACUGUGGAGGUUAUUCUAAACUACAUAAAUGGAGAAACAUUUCCUAAUGAAAUUUACAGAUUUGUAGAUGUUAGAGAUGUUGCAUCUGCACAUAUUCAAGCUUUUGAACAAGCUUCUGCUAAUGGCAGAUAUUGUUUAGUCGGAAGAGUUGUACAUUUCUCCGAGUUCUUAAAGAUCGUUCAUGAACAAUACCCUGCUCUGCAACUUCCUGAAAAAUGUGAAGAUCAUAAGCCUUUUGCAUUAAAAUAUGAGGUUUCAAAGGAGAAAGCUAAGAGUUUAGGCAUCAACUUCAUUCCCUUGGAGGUGAGUGUUGUGGACACCAUUGAAUGUCUGAAAGACAAGGGCUUUCUUGGUGUUUGAAUCUUAUGUUAUUUUGAAGCAGAAGUAAUGCAGAUAAUGAAAUCUGUUAUGUUCUUUUUUAUUUCCACAAGGAUUUUCUAUGUGC